AUGAACUUCUCACUCUACGAUGCGACUAUCGUUGAGGCCAAGCUGGCCUUAGGCUCGCUAUCCCAUAUUCUCAAGGAAGCCCAGAAGCACCCCAACGCCGCCAGCUUCCCUGAAGCACGUCUCUACGAAGACAUGAACCCUCUGAGCUUUCAGGUACACGCAGCAACCCGCUUCGCGGAGAAGCUAGUAGCCAGAUUGUCCGGCCGAGAGUCGGUCGAGUUUGAAGAUGAGGUCGUUACGUUUGACGACAUGCAUUCGCGCAUCGCCAAAGCUCAGGAAUUGCUCGAAAAGGCUGACAAGGAUGCCGUCAACCGUCACGGAGAGGAGGUUGCGCCCACGGCUUUGCCGUCUGCUGGUACGAUGGAUUUGACGGGUAAGGCGUUUGCCAUGGGAGCGGCUGUUCCCAACAUCAACUUUCACUUGUCAAUGGUUUAUGCCAUUCUGAGAAAGGAGGGUGUUCCUUUGGGAAAAAGGGAUUAUAUUACUGCUUUUGUUGGAGAGUAUAUUCUCAAGUAG